AUGGCAACUCUGCUGCAGAAAAUAGGGUUGAUACGCCUGCACGAAAGAGAUACGGAUGAUCCUAAGCAUCAUCAUCAUCAUCAAGGGUCGCUGAAGGGAAACAGAGGGCAUCAGAAGAGCAACAAUAAAUAUAACAGCCCAGGCACAGACAACACAAACAUCAUCCACCAGGGCGACAAGAACAAGAAAAGUGGCGAUUCCCAAAAAGACAAGCAAUCCAACAAGGAGAAACAUUCGAACGUCAAGGAAAGUAAGGAAAGGCAGCAAGGUGGCAAUAAGACAGGCAGCUCAUCUACCGCUGUGCAGCAGCUGUCCACGGUGUCGCAGCAGCAUUCACUUAUCCCCGUCAGGCAGAACUGCGGUCAAGUGAGGACAAAAAGGCUGAUGAAGGAGUUGCAGGACAUUAAGAAGCUUACGGAUCAGUUCAUCAUGGUGGAACUGGUGGAAGACAACCUAUACGAGUGGAAUGUCAAGUUACACCAAGUAGACAAGGAGUCUGCACUUUGGCAGGACAUGAAGGAAACCAGUACAGAGUUCAUCCUGCUCAACCUGUCCUUCCCGGACAAUUUCCCAUUUUCGCCGCCUUUUGUAAGAGUGCUGAGCCCCCGCCUAGAGAAUAGCUAUGUGCUGGAUGGAGGGGCCAUAUGCAUGGAGCUUCUCACGCCGCGUGGCUGGUCCAGUGCAUACACAGUGGAAGCAGUCAUGAGGCAGUUUGCCGCCAGUUUGGUAAAAGGACAGGUAAGGGUGACAUCUUGUUAA